GUUCCGCUACACAGGCGCGCGUUCGAACAUCAGACAAAUAUUUGGACGUGUGUCAUGUCUUCAACAAUGACUACGUGCAGCUCAUAUUUUAAGUAAUAGCGCUUUUUGAACUCGUAUAAGAAGAUAUUAGACUUUUCAAUCACUAUUUUAGUAAUUUUAGAGAAUUUUUGUGGCUAAUAGAUUGUGUCGUCGAGAGAUUUGCCCCAGGCAUUCAAUAAAACCGAAUUCUUUGUGGUGUUGAGCGGUAUCGAGCUGACGCGAUGGAACUUUGUGUAGCUGCAGUGCUUUUGUCGUACUUCGCUCCAGCUUUGGCUUCCCAAAUGGAGGAAAUUCAUGAGCACGACAAGCCAUUUCAUUAUGAUUAUGAAUCCCUGAGGAUCGGUGGUCUGAUCUUUGCUGUGAUCCUCUUCUUGACGGGGAUCUUCCUCAUUAUCAGUCGGAAAUGCCGCUGCAAAGGGAACAAGUCCAAGCCACUGGGUCUCGACCCAGAGGCAGCCAGAGGUGCAAAAUAAAGUUAACCGAGGGAACCGAGAAAAAAGGUGACACUGCCUCCACUUUUGGAUUCAUUGUGAUGUUCUAUAGCCUGCAUAAAUGUUUACAACUUUGUAUCUCUGGUGUUUUUAAUGGAAAGAAUGGCUCCUUAAGGAGAAAUCUUAAUCAGAACUUUGACCAUUCAGAAGAAGAAAAAGUUGAGGAUUUAGUUCUUCUAGUGUUCACAAUUUUUUAAUCGUCUUUGUUUCCUAAAUAUGUGAGUAAAAAAGUUUUAAAAACGUUUAAAUAAAACCAUUGAUUCUCAGCUAGAACUACUUAUAAUGUUUAACUACCUUUGAUAGUCCUCCCCCCUCACCUUUUGUAAUGUUUUUUAUUUUUAUUUUGUCUCCCAGUGAAGUGCUCAGUAUAGCUAAAAGCAAAAAGUAGGCAUUUUAUAUAUUUUGUAAAUGGUCCAUUCUGAUUUUUUCAUGUUGCAGAAGUAACAAAUCUAACUGUAGGCCUACACUGUUGUUGAAAAAUAAAAUGAUUUUCACUGAAA